UGAAUUCGAUGGAAUUCAGCUAUACAGUAUACAUUUGCCGUUCUUCAAUGUGACCGGGGUAGAUCAUAGCGUCGUAUCUGCAAGCAUCGAGAUGAUGCGGAUGAUGAACCACAAGCUAUUAAAGCUUUAAACAACCUCAAAGACCCUCUGUGCCUUAUGACGCUCCACCUCCACCCCGACGCUCCUUUGUUACCUGUCCUAACCGUAGUCAGCAUCGAUCCGCUGAUAUAUGUCGCUUCUCCAGCACGCGCGAACAUGUCUCGCUAACCAAGUUGCGAACAAAAGUUACAAUGCAUUCAUUUCCCGCGCGACGGAGGAGCAAUUGCUCCGCGUCGUUCCAGAUGGAGAAAAUGCAUCUACGCAGCGCCCGCUAGAAGGCAAAUUGAUUGCUAUCAAAGACAACAUUUGCACCACCGACUUCCCAACCACAGCCGCAUCCCGCAUCCUUCACGAGUUCCCCUCCCCAUACGAUGCGACCGUCGUCUCGAAACUCCGCGACGCCGGCGGUGUCGUCGCGGGGAAGACGAAUCUGGACGAGUUUGGGAUGGGUUCCCAUUCGAUUCAUUCCCACGUCGGUCCCGUCUCCCAGCCGUCCUCGAUGGAACAUGGAGAAGGCCAGCUUUCUGUGGGAGGUAGUUCCGGAGGCAGCGCGCUUGCGGUCGCGACAGACCAGUGUUGGGCAUCGCUGGGGACCGACACGGGCGGUUCGGUGAGGCUUCCUGCAGCAUAUACUGGGGUGUAUGGUUUCAAGCCAUCGUACGGGCUGCUCUCGCGAUGGGGCGUCCUGGCGUACGCGAACUCCCUGGAUACAGUUGGGAUCCUUGCGAAGGACGUCGACUCCGUGAAAUCUCUGUUCCAUGCCGUCAAUGGCUAUGACAAGAAAGAUCCCACCAGCCUAGCCGAAUCGUCAAGAAGGCGGAUCACCGAGCUGGUGGAACAACGGAAGCGAUCCGGCCGCUAUCGAAUCGGUGUGCCAAAAGAAUAUAAUACAUCCGGAAUCGAUCCGAAGAUCAAAUCCGCCUGGAGAGCGACCUUGAAAGCGCUACAAAGCAAAGGCCACUCCAUCCACCCCGUUUCCCUUCCCGCAACCAAACUUGCCCUCCCCGCCUACUACGUUCUCGCCCCUGCCGAAGCUGCCUCCAACCUGGCGAAAUACGACGGCGUUCGAUACGGCACCCGGUCCUCCGGCCCCGACACCAGCGGCGGCGUGCUCUUUUCCCAAACGCGCUCCGAGGGCUUCGGCGACGAGGUGAAGCGGCGGAUCUUGCUGGGGAACUACUCGUUGAGCGCCGAGGCGAUCGACAACUAUUUCAUCCAGGCGCAGAAAGUAAGGCGGCUGGUGCAGCGGGACUUCGAUGGGGUGUUUUCGUUGCGGAAUUCGCUGGUGGACGAGGGGGGGGAUGGGGAGGGCGAGGGAGAGAGGGUGGAUGCGCUGCUGGUGCCGACUGCGCCGACUUUGCCGCCACUGGUUAAGGAUGUGAAGCGACAGGAUCCGGUUGCGGCGUAUAUGAACGAUGUGUUCACGGUGCCCACAAGUCUGGCGGGGCUGCCGGCCAUCAGCGUGCCGGUCAAGACCGAUCAUGGCGCCGCACGGUCACAGAUAGGGAUGCAAAUUAUUUCCCAGUAUGGCGAUGAUGAGUUGGUACUGGAGAUCGCACAGUGCUUGAGUGAGAGUUGAAUGCCAAGGUCUAUUUUCAAGAAUGAUGAUGAUGAUGGUGGUGCUACGAAUAUCAA